AUGCCUCCUAUCGGCGACCUCCGUGUAGGGCCGGAGUUCCCUCCGCUCAGUCAGUUUGUUCCCAAGCUCAAAGGCACUGACAACUGGUCGAGUUGGAAGGCGUCCCUCAGUGUUACACUUAAUUCGAUCCAUCCGAAGCUUUUCCAGCUUCUUACUGGGGAAUAUGCGAAGCCAAUCCCUGUCGUCACUACUCCUGCCACCGCUACUACGCCUGAAGUUCUGGCUCAGCCUGAUUUUGCUGCUGUCAUUGAAUGGCAUGAUUACUCACUCAAACUGAUGCCCUGGCUCUAUGCUACGACUAUGCCAAAACAUCAUGAUGGUCAUAUCCGCACUGCUGCCAAUGCUUUUAGCGCGUUCCAAAGCCUCAAACAGGCAUUUGGUAACUCUCGUUCUCUUACCGACCAACAACCUUCUUGUACCGUGGACUCCCCAGAAUUCGGACCCUUUUCAAAACUUUUGAGCAUUCGUUACUGUGGUACGGACCCCCAAGGAUUUCUUGACAGGUGGACUGCCGCACUAGCAGGAGCACAAGAAGCCUCUGGCCCCCUAACUUGCCGCCAUAUCUAUUUUCUCUUUCUGGUUGCUGUUCGGAAUGACCUAGAUACCUGGGAGUGGAGCAAAUCUCUGAAAGCGGACCAUGAUAUGAUUUCCGGGCCUUUUCUAGAACUCACCUAUGCGAAUUUCCUUCGUUCCGAGGCAAGUCGCCUUCUGAUCGAGAAAAAGUCCCUUUCUUUCGAUAAUGAACGCCUGCGUGACGAGAGAAUGCGCCUCUGUGACGAGAUUAAUGACAUCCCGCCCCCAUCGUACUGA